AUGACGGUGCGUGAGCUCGUUACUCCCUUGUCUGUGCCAUCAGGCCAGUCGAAAACGGCAGCUAGGCCAAUGCCAAGCCGCGUCUCACUUGACGACAAAAAGACCCAUCUGGACCAACUCAUCGCUCAGCUCACUGUCGAGGAACUGGCUUCUCAGCUUCUAGUGAUAUCUGGCAACUGGAUCGUUGGGGAAAAGUCCGAUUACGCCCCUUAUGACCAGAUUUUGCGGCUUGCUCCGGAUGCAGGAAUAGGAGCUAUGUGCGAUUGGUAUCCCACUCAUCACGCGCAUUUCAAUUCUCUCCAGGCCCUGAACCUGGAGAAGUCGCGGGUCAAGAUCCCUCUGAUGGCAACUGGCGAGAGCCUCCACGCCGUCUUCUCGAACAGACAAUCCGUGUUCCCUCAAUCUCUCUCGUUAUCAAGCAGCUUCGACACUGACCUCGUCUAUCGCGUUGGGCGAGCGCUAGGUACAGAAGCUCGGUCUAUUGGCAUCCAAGUAUGCUUCGCCCCAGUGCUUGACGUGGCAAAGGAGCCCCGUUACGGAAGAUCCCAGGAAACUUAUGGCGAAGACUUCGUAUUGGUUUCGCACAUGGGUGUGGCGUGCUCAUCCGGCCUUUCCAAAAAUGGAGCUUUGUCUGACUCUGAGGCCGCUCUCCCAGUCGUGAAGCUCGAAGAAUGGGGGUUUGACGGAUUUGUUAUUUCAGAUUGGUGGGGACUCCGAGAGACAGUUACAGGUCAUCUUGUCGCCGAUAGCCCUGCCGAUGCUAUUCGACAGUGGCUCAAUAUCGGCGGCGGAAGCUUGCUCUACGAUUUUGCUCCUGAUGUAAUUUCUGUUGCUGAACUCGUCAAGAAUGGACAUGUAGAGCUUGCCACACUCCAGAAGAGAGUCCGGAAGAUCCUCGAGGCCAAGUACGAUUUGGGACUCUUCCAUAAUCCCUAUCUACCUGAGGGCGUCGACCCCAAUGCUAUUACUCUGUCUCACAUCCCUCUAGCCCUCGAGGCAGCUCGACGCUCAAUUGUUCUAUUGGAGAACAGAAACAGGACCCUACCGAUUCGGCCAUCCGAGCAGAGAAUCAACAAAAUUGCUUUAGUCGGCCCUUUUGUGGAUUUGUUCAACUAUGGAAGUUACACAGGCGUCUGGGGUGCGAAUCCCACAAAUAAUGCUACUACCAUUCGACAAGGAAUUCUCGAACAACUCGCGAGGGCUGGGGAUUCAAACGUCGAUGUCGCCUCGGCGUGGGGAGCCAACAACUGGCAGUACAACGCACAAUGCCCAAUCCCAGGAUAUCUACUAUCGGUGAACGACUCUGCAGGAGGCCUUCAGGCGACAUAUUACCACGACACCAAGUUCCAAGACAUGGCAUUCCAGGUGAUUGAAAUGCCGAACCGCGACUGGGGACUCUACCCACCUAUCGGCCUUGCAUCCAACAGCUUCGGCGUCGUGUGGGAAGGCGAGCUCGAGGUCCCGGUAAGUAGCGAAGUUGACGGAUGGAUUGGCCUUGGUGUCACACCAAAGACGACGGCUCGGCUCUACAUCGACAGCAAGCUGGUUUCACAGUCGGACGAUAGCAACCCUGGCACUAUUCUGAGAGAGAUCAUGCCAUACACUUACACGGCCGAGAAGGGCACCGGCCCGCCUCCUGGAGGGUCCGAGUUCCUCUUCACGCCUGGUUCCAAGCAUAAAGUUCGAAUUGAGUGCGAAGUAUAUCCCAAUUGGCCGAGAUCGAGCGCAGCAGGAGUUCAUUCAAGGGUCCAACUCUUCUGGAAUUUGGUUGACAGAAAGAAUGCCAUCGGUCAAGCGGCGAGUGCCGCAUCUGAUGCUGACUUGAUUGUUCUUGCCGUUGGAGCUGCUUGGAACAGUGACGGCGAGAAUGGCGAUCGCGCAACCCUCGGCCUGUCCACGGACCAGACGAAACUUGCACAGACCAUCUUUGAACUGGGAAAACCAGUUGUCCUCGUCCUGGAGGGCGGUCGGCCAUUUGCCAUCCCCGAGUUUUACGCGCAGUCUGCUGCCGUCCUCAGCACCGGAUUAUUGGGUCAAGCGGCUGGUCAGGCUAUUGCGGACGUGCUCUUUGGCGAAUUCAACCCCGGCGGUCGUCUGACAAUGAGUGUCCCUUAUGAUGUCGGCUGUCUUCCUGUGUUCUACAACCAGCGCACGACCAAACCCAAAAGCCACAUUCCCUACUAUCUUGAUGUACCAAAGCCAGUACUGUACUCGUUCGGAUAUGGAUUAUCAUAUACCACUUUCAGCCAGGACUUGCAGAGUGCUGUGUCGACUAUUAAUGGUAGAACGCAAGGCACUUUCUCGCAUGGAGAUACCCUUGCGUUCUCUGUGUCCAUCACAAACACGGGCGCUAUGGCUGGAAGUCAUAUUCCUCAGAUCUACCUCUUGAGACGCCAAGGAUCAUCCGUGAUAACAGCCGACAAGCAGCUUGUCGCAUUUGCUCGCGUUGAGGUCCAGGCGGGAGAGACUAAAACCGCGACACUAAAAUUGGAGGUGGACCGUUAUCUUCCUGUGAUUAAUCGCGAGUAUGAGCGUGUGCUGGAGGCAGGGCAGUAUACAUUUGCCCUCAUGGACGAUGGAUCGCUCGACACUCCAGCUAUCGCAGAAGCCACCCUGAAGGUCGAGUCUUCUCACAGAUAUUAG